CUGGUUAUUGUCAGCAGCAGCUCCCGGGUUAGUAGUGAUCCCUCUCUCACUCCCUCCCUCUCUCUCUCUCUCUCUGUCUGUCUGUGAGCGCUGUGAUGAGACACCCUUCUCUCCGAACACUCUCCUCUCUAACAGCGACCCUUCCUCUGUGAGACGAACUCCGGACACCAGCCCACCAGCUCCCACUGUGAGUUUCGCACCUUGUGAACUUCAGAGGACGUCACGGGAUCUUCGGAAAAGCAGGAGCAUCAUCUCCCUCCCAAAUUCAGUGUGUGCACCAUGGUGUCUAAACCUCACCCUCCUCUAAUGAAGAAGCACAGUCAGACGGACUUGAUAAGCCGCCUGAAGAGCCGGAAGAUCCUCGGAGUCGGUGGUGAGGAUGAUGAUGGUGAAGUUCACCGCUCAAAGAUCAGUCAGAUGCUCGGAAAUGAGAUGAAGUUUGCAGUGCGAGAACCAAUCGGGCUGAGGGUGUGGAUCCUCAUCUCUGCCGUGGGUUUCACAGCUGUGGCCUUGAUGGCCCUGGUGUUCCCUAACCAACUAUAUGAAGUUGUUUUUGAGGAGGAACUCUCCUCGCCCAGCAUCUCCAUUCGCCUUUAUGGAGGAGCACUGCUCAGUUUGGCCCUCAUCAUGUGGAAUGGUCUGUACACAGCAGAGAAGAUCAUCAUCCAGUGGACUCUGCUCAGUGAAGCCUGCUACUUCGCUGUCCAGUUUCUAGUGACAUCCAUCACAUUAAUGGAGAUUGGGAUCCUGCCCCAUGCUGCCAUGCUCCUGCUCCUCAGCCGCGUGCUCUUCCUGGCGGUCACCAUGGCCUACUAUUACCACCUGGGCCGUAAGCCGAAGAAGAUCUGAGCUGCUGUAUGUGAUACUUCCAGGGAGGGGACAGCCGAGCAAAGAUCACAAACGUGUGGGGUCAGAAGGUUGGAUUAUUGUUUGACUGGGGCUUGGAGCAUCUCUUUGCCAGCGGAUGCCCCCUGCCCCUUUCUAUGGCACAUAACCUAUUGUGACCCCCGAGUAUUCACCAGAUGAGCGCAGUCUCACAUUCCAGAGUCCACAGCAAGAAAGAGAAACCUCAUAGUGAAAGUGAAUUACUCUCACUGGACUGUGAGGUCAAGCCCCUCUCGACACACAUCCGUUCUUUGUGCAGUGCUGAGUGCUGUUAGCAGUUUAUAGUGCAUUGCAUUCUUGUAUUACCUAGUCCUGUGAUUUAAUAUGUACAGUACAGAGUAAUUUUAAACAUCUGACUGUGUUCUAAAUGUACAGCUACUUGAUUUCUAGAAUGGGUAUUUCGUAUUUAUCUGUUUGGUUAAAAAAAAGGCAUCUGGACACGGCUUCUUAAUCCCACUCAAGGACCAAGACUUUGUGCUUUAACAUGUUUCCUGUUUGCCGUAGAUGUUAACACACACUGUAUGUAUGCUGAAGUGAAGCCUCGAUGUGUGCGCUCUCGCAUGCGUCCCUGACAAACUCCCCACCGGUCGCGCUAGAUGGAAAAGCAGCAGCUGGGAUUAGUGUAGGAUUCAGGUGCAGUCAGAUGAUCUAAACGCUUGUUGAGUGACAAUGAACCCUUUCUUAUACUGCUGAGCACACCAUGGAAACUCCCUAAGGUCAGUUUAUACCCUCAAUCACGCCCAUCAGCCGUUCACACUUCAAACUUACCCAAAAGGAAAUGCUGAAUCAAAACAAUGUUUUCAGGGAAAUGGUGACUUUUUUUUAUUCUUUGAGGUAUCAGUCAUGAGAUUCUACCAAAGUGAACAGGAAUAGUUUUGUACAGAAUAUUUACACGUCGGAGAUUAAUAUAUGUAAUGUUGAUGGAACGCACACGUGAGCCGACUCAAAGACGGGCGGUUCUCUCCUUGUUGUGUGUGCACUGUUCGACAGGACCGAAGCCCAAGUGAUCUUACAGAGAGACUUUUACAUUCUGACCUUUACUGUAGAGCUAGUGUCACAUGUCAGGGUAAACACACCUGAAGUGGUUCCUCCUUAGUGAUGUAGCACAGUUUUUACAUAAACCAUAUCCUUAGUCUUGCCUUAAAGCUUCUUAAAAACAGUCAUCAACACUGCAACCUACUUUUUGUAUAUAUGUAAAUAAAAUUAUUUACCAUUUUGUGGUGUUCUUGUGAACAGAACAGGGAACUUGUUCAGUAUUAGUUAAGAUUUUCUAAAGUGUUUCGACAACUUGCAUGCAAUAUAAUCCAGAAAUAUUAAUAGCUCAGAAAGUGUAGCAAGCUGCCUCCAACAGGAACAUAAAGCUGAUAAUAAAGAUGGUAAAUGGAUGGAUUAUCCAAAAAUGACUUAAAUCUUGAAAAGGCAACAUUCAUUUAUCAGGUAGUUAAACUCCCUGUGCUUUAAAAUUCAGUUAACACCCGAUCAAUAUGUUUGAAACAUUUUCUACCUCUGCCCUUAGGCAUGUGAUAACCUCGCUCUGGUUUAGCACGCCAGCAAUGGUAACUGCGUUUUCUGCAGCUAAAACUCUGCAGCACAUAAGGUCAGUCAAAAAGACAGUUGACUCGUGCAGUAAAUUGAAUUUGAAACAUCAUUUUGAGUCAAACAAGAAACACUCUGCAGGACGCCUCCAAAGGUGGUCCAUAUUGUUGCAAAUGACCACGUUGAGUUCUGCCCCAGAAGGGAGUGGUCCUGAGGUCACAGUGAUUGUGGGUUUGCAGUCGCGAGUCCAGCGCCGAAGGCAGAUGUGCUCGUUACUUUGGGUGAGUUUUCAGUUCAGAUAGGGAACGUGAAACUUGGGUGAGGUCUUCCUUACUCCUGAAAAGUAGUAAUUAUCCUUUUUUUCGAGUGUUUAAUUAAAUGCAGCUCUCCUGAGUGACAUUGUAUGCCCCAGCCUACUGCUCUGUCCUGACUGGCAUGGUAAUUAUUGAGUUCAAGAGAAAUGCUGUUCCAUUUCCGUCGAUAUUGCAGGCCUCAAAUCAUCAGCCUAGUGAAAUGUUCAGAAGUCUGUAGAGCUGGUUAUUUUAGGAGGGAUGGGCAAUGUCGGGGGGGAUGUGCGGCAGUAGGGAGGCGAAGAAAUGGCUCUUUCAUCCUCCGGCUUUUCUGACAUAAAUUAGUCCAGAUAUUACAUUGGUAAGUUGUGUCCUUUAAAUUUUAGAGGAAUGGUAAGUUGAGCUUUUCAUUCCCUCAUGUAGAUUAAAAAUAUAUUGUACUGUUGUGACUAGCAUACCAGGUCAAACUGUUCCAAGUUGUAGCAUUGUGUUUUUAUGUAGCCUAUAUUUGUGCGAUACUGUACCUCAGAAAUGAAUUGUUAUGGAUUUCCACUAUUUAGUUUGAAAUAAAAAACAUACUUGUUUAUUUUGAAGACUUCAAAA